UUUGCCGGCGCUGAUUUGCAUAAGAUAAUAUAUUGCCUAAUGGAGGCGGUCAUGGCUUGUUAGAGAGGCCGGCCCGCAGCCCGGCGGCCCGGGGCGGAGCGGCGGGGGCCGCGGGGAGGCGCGGGGCGAGCGGGGACCAUGGUGUCCCAGCUGAGCGCCCUGCAACGGGAGCUGCUGGGCGCCCUGCUCAGCUCCGGGGCCACCAAGGAGGGGCUGAUCCGAGCCCUGGAGGACAUGGUGCCCGCCGCGGGCUUCGGGGUCAAGCUGGAGAACCUGCCGCUCUCGCCCGGCGCGGCCCCCGACGGCAAAGGCGCCUUCGCGGCGCUCGCCAACGGGCACGGCAAGGGCAAGCUGUCCGGCGACGAGGGCUCGGAGGACGGCGACGACUUCGACACGCCGCAAAUCCUCCGCGAGCUGCAGGCGCUCAACACGGAGGAGGCCGUGGAGCAGCGGGCGGAGGUGGACAGGAUGAUCAGUGAGGACCCGUGGCGGGCGGCGAAGAUGAUCAAGGGGUACAUGCAGCAGCACAACAUCCCACAGCGCGAGGUGGUGGAUGUCACUGGCCUCAACCAGUCACACCUCUCCCAGCACCUCAACAAGGGCACCCCCAUGAAGACACAGAAGAGAGCCGCCCUCUACACGUGGUACGUCCGCAAGCAGCGGGAGAUCCUCCGGCAAUUCAACCAGACAGUCCAGGGUUGUGGAAAUAUGACAGACAAAAGCAGUCAGGAUCAGCUGCUGUUUCUCUUUCCAGAGUUCAAUCAGCAGAACCAAGGGGCUGCCCAGCUCGACGAUGCCUGCUCCGAAACCCCUAGCAAGAAGAUGCGUCGCAAUCGGUUCAAGUGGGGGCCGGCCUCCCAGCAAAUCUUGUACCAAGCCUACGACCGCCAAAAGAACCCCAGCAAGGAGGAGCGCGAGGCUCUGGUGGAGGAAUGCAACAGGGCCGAGUGUCUGCAGCGAGGGGUGUCUCCCUCCAAGGCGCACGGGCUCGGCUCCAACCUGGUGACGGAGGUCCGCGUCUACAACUGGUUUGCCAACCGGCGGAAGGAGGAGGCUUUUCGCCAAAAGCUGGCCAUGGACGCCUACAGCUCGGGGCAGCCCCCGCACAGCAUGAACCUGCUGCUGUCCCACGGCUCCCCACACCACAACCAGCCCAGCGCCUCGCCGCCCAGCAAAAUGCCAGGAGUCCGGUACAGCCAGGCAGCGAGCGGCGAGGCGGCAUCCUCUGGGACCAUCAGCCACCACGGUGGCGGUGCCAUGGUCACCACCAGCCAGGCGGUCCUCCAGCAGGUCUCCCCAGCCGGAUUGGACCCAGGCCACGGUUUGCUCUCACCCGACGGUAAAAUGAUCUCUGUUUCGGGGGGCGGGCUGCCCCCGGUCAGCACCCUGACCAACAUCCACAGCUUGUCCCACCACAACCCGCAGCAGUCCCAGAACCUCAUCAUGACGCCACUCUCAGGAGUCAUGGCCAUCGCACAGAGUCUGAACACCUCGCAGGCACAGAGCGUACCUGUUAUCAACAGCGUUGCCGGCAGCUUGGCAGCUCUACAGCCAGUCCAGUUCUCCCAGCAGCUCCACAGCCCGCACCAGCAGCCACUGAUGCAGCAGUCGCCCAGCCAUAUGACGCAGCAGCCUUUCAUGGCCACUGUGACUCAGCUGCAGAACUCGCACAUGUAUGCACACAAGCAGGAGCCUCCCCAGUAUUCCCACACCUCCCGCUUCCCCUCGGCGAUGGUGGUGACGGAUACCAGCAGCAUCAGCACGCUGACCAAUAUGUCUUCCAGUAAGCAGUGUCCUCUGCAAGCCUGGUGAUGCUCCACACCUCGCUGCUUUUGCACAUAGCAACGGGAUCUUAUUAUCCACAACAUCCCGCCGGUGACCUGCGCGCCGAGCCCGGGGAGUCGCCAGAGUGAAGUCCAGUGCCACAGCGAGAUGCUCAGCAACCUCAAACGGAGCCGGAGGCUCGAGAUUCCCCGUCGCCCUUCCAUGCCUUGCUGGGGACGAGCCCGGAUUUGCGAGGUGCCCACCUGGGACCGUGCCUCUCCUCUCCACGCAGUAUUUCCAAGACACCUCUUGGGGAUUUUUUUCUUAAGUAUUUGCCUUCCAAGAAGCCGCUGGCUCUCCUGAAGAACGAGGAACAAGCUGUACUGGAACUGGCAGAAGGGGAAGAUGGAUAAUAUUUAAGUUAUACUCCUCCACCCGAGGGACUGAGAGGGACUUGGGUCUGUUACUUGGUGUUUGGAAGGAGGAAUUGCAUGUGCUGUUGAACUGAGCCAAUUAAACUGUAAAUAGAGGUACAGUCUGCUCCAUCCUCACCUUUCCCUGCUCCUAUACAUAAAGAUUUAUAUAAAAGAAGUAAAUUUUGUCCAAUGGAUGUAAACUACUGUAAUUAAGUGCAAUUCCCCCAUCUGUAUAUAUUGUUCCCGAAUCUCUUCUCUCUCUCCCUAUUUUUUUCUUCUUUUUGUAAAGGUCAGAGCUGAGGAUGAGUUUGGUUUUGUAUUUCUCUUCUUCCUUUAAAUGAGUUAAUUCAAGGACCUGGGCCUGCGCAAGGACAGUGGUCGGGCAGCACCAGUCUCUGCUCCGUGGGAGGACGGGCACACACGUGUGCUCUGCAUGCUGAGAUCCCACGGGAAGGAAGGGCAUGGCAUGAGCUGAGCGGAGCCCUGGACAGACCUGGAUAAUCCACAGGAGGACAACUGCCAUUAUGGAGACUGUUCUGCUUUUGGGGACUCCGAGAUGGGCUGUGUUGGGGGGCGGGGAAGCACUGAGCAGCCCAGUUGACGCAUCCAGCCCCUGGGAAGUGUUUGGCAUUGGCAGUUUUCAGGUGAGCCCGCAGCAUUUGCUGCUACAAAGGUGAACAAGGCUGCAAGGAGUUCUGGUUUGAUCUUCCUCAAACGGAGUACCUCUCUUCUCCCCUCCCUGGGGCGUGGAAGGGACUGGGUGUCCAGUUACUGACUCGUCUCCUGCCCAGCAAACGGCCAGUACAGGUGGCUUAUUUUUCACCGUUAACAGGUUGAUGAUGAGCCUUGUUGGCUCCACCCUUACCAAGAAACACAGAGCUCUCAUCCUUGUGGUGUCCCCUUCGAGCCGCAGCUGGACGGGCACCAGGCUGUGAUGUGAGCAGCCUGGUCGAUGGCCCCCCGGCUGCCUGCCUUGUCUCACCUGGCAGUGGUUCUUGGAGGAAAAGCUUUGAAGCAAGAUCUGCUGCUUGUGAAUGAGAGCCGCUCUGCGGUGAGGACACACCCCAGCUGGGCGCCUGCUGAGGUCACCACACUCCAAGCUCUGCAGAGCCCUGAAGGGCUUUAGGUGCCCAAGUCCUACUUUCCAAAGCUGCGAAAGCUGUAAAAGGCAUUUUCUCCUCUCCUGUGAGACACAAGCUACUCCAUACCUGUAUCCCUUCAGAAAUGGAUCCAGUGCUUCCCAGCUGUGUACAUUUUUCUUAGACUUUGCAGCGUGUGCCAACUGCUGAGAGUGACUUGGAGAGGUGGAGAGCAGCCGAGGUGCCUGUGGACAGAUGACCACCAGCCCCGUGACUAAAAAGAAAAACACCGGAUGAUUUCUCUGGGGCAAGAAAGGCUCUUUUCAUUUCUGUUUGUACAAUUCCUAGCGCAGUGGGACCCUAACCCUUGCUGGGACUAAUAGGAGUCGCCCUGUGGUGAAUAAGUCAUCAUGAAUUGGACACCGAUAUUCAGAAUGACAUCUAAUUUAAUGUAUACCAUAA